CUCUAUGGAAUGAAUUGGCAAUUAAACCGGAAACAGUGGAACGUCAGUUGACGUCACCAAAGUAGCGUCUGCUAAUAAAAUGGCGGCGGCGGAGAUUCAGAUAGUGAAUCCCUCUAAUUUAGCAAAAGUAGAAAGUUUUCUCAAUGACCCGAGUUAUAAAGAGAUUAUUGAGAACUCGUCAACGUUCAACUCGCGAUUAUGUGCGGAACGGAGGAUGCGUAUGCCGUUUAUCGACACACAGACCGGUGUCGCACAGAGCCACUGCAAUUUAUUUAUGACAAGAAGACAACGCAUGCCAGGCCAGAAAGAAGGACAAGUGUACACAUACCCAGCUCAGAGAUGGCGCAAAGCCCGCCGCCAAUACCUUACAAUGUCAUCAACACGAUGGGGUUGGGCCGGAGCACCAGACUCUUUGGAUGUCACCGGUGAAGGAGAAAACAGUUCCGGUGUCCCCGGAGACGCACUAGCUGGUGAUGAUAGCAGGGACGGCUCACAGACUGCUGCUAAAGAUGAUCCAAAGCACUCUCUUCCCCAGGAAUGGUUCUACGAUGAACUAGCAAUGGAGGAAAUGGAGACAGGUGAAGAGCCAGAAGCUGAGUCUGAUGAGGACUACUAUGAUGAUACGUACGCGAACAGACGCAAGCGGCGCGGCGGGGCCACGCCGACGGGGCCCGGGUCCCGCGGGGGCCGCACGCGGAAAUCGCAGCCCGAUGACACGCCCGCCAAGAGGGGCAGAGCUGGGCGAGGUCGCGGCAAGCGCGCACAAGGAACUCUUCCAUACGAGGUGCCCGGCGACAGCGAGAAACCUUUCGGCUGUGAACUAUGCGGCGCCAAGUACAAGACGCGACCGGGACUCACAUACCACUUCACGCACACACACAAAGACCCGGCAGGGGCCGGGGCGGGUGCCGGCGCUAGUGACGGCGACUCUCGCGACUCGCGGCCCGGGGCCCAUACGCCGCCCGCGCAUUCGUCGGCACCGAUGCAGCCCGCGACAGAAUAUCAAGAUAGCUACGUCACUUUCCUUAAUAAUCCCGCUGUGGGGACUGCCGGCCUCCAGGAUACGCCCGCUCGGCGCCCGACACCGCCGCCUGAGGCUGGUCCACCCGUGCCUCCCGUGCGUCGGCCUUCGCCCCCGCCCAGGCCUGCGUCGGCGGACACGUCUAGUUCAGACUCGGCGCAUGUGCCGUUGUCGGCUGCCGUGCAUGCAGCGCCUUCAGCACCCGUGGCCUCGGCCUCCGCGACCCCUGAAGUCAAGGAACCUGGCGUUACUAAGGCGAAGGAGGCGUCACCAUCACCAUAUUGCGACUUCUGCCUCGGCGAUGACCGUGAAAACAAGAAGACAGGCACUCCAGAACAGCUAGUCAGCUGCUCCGACUGCGGCAGAUCAGGUCACCCAACGUGCCUGCAGUUCACAGUGAACAUGAUCGUGUCGGUGCGCAAGUACCGCUGGCAGUGCAUCGAGUGCAAGUGCUGCUCCGUCUGCGGGACUAGUGAUAAUGAUGACCAGCUAUUGUUCUGCGACGACUGUGACCGCGGCUACCACAUGUACUGCCUGGCGCCGCCGCUGGACACGCCGCCCGAGGGCUCGUGGUCCUGCGCGCUCUGCCUCAAGGAGUUCCACAGCAAGCACUGAGCGGCAGGUAUUAAACAGAAAGGGCCGUGAGAGAGAUAGAUAGGUAGGUGAGAUAACGAAUUAUAGCGGCAGUAAGGUUCUAGGGUACAAGCAAGUGAUCAGAUAGUGUUGCUAUAAGUUAGCGGGACUGUAAACAGUGUUGCCAUAGUCUAGUGAGAUUGUAAGCGGGGGACGGUACUGAAGUAUUUUGUUUAUUUUUUGUAAUAUUAUUUUUCUGUAGUGUAUUGUAUAAAGGCCUUUUUUGUUGACGCUAUAUGAUGGCCAUAUUUAUUCGUGUAAAUUGCUUCUUUUUCAUGUAAAUAAUUAUUGAAAUAUAUCUUGUAUAGCACAUAAUAUGGAUUGCAAUUAAUUUCAACUGCUCUAUUCUUUAUGUAAUUUAGCAACAUUGUGUUAAUUAUUCUUCUCAAAAAUCAAUAUUUUUGCUCCAACCCUAAUAAUUUUUGUUCACAUUAAACAAAAUAUAGUUAAAAACUUCAGUACUGUGACUUCCCUCGCGAAAUUCUUCAUGUAAUCGUAUCGCCGAAUCAGCGUCAGUACGUUUAGCGCUCUUUCUACCUCUACCGGUGCUUGCUUUAGUAUUUUUUAUUUAUUUACCUUUUUACACGCGACGCAGGGUUGAUUAAUUACGUAGAAUUGAAUUUGAAUUCUUGAAAAGUUAUCAACCAAUGACAUGACAACCGACUAUGUUGAGGCCGACUGUUGUCAGUUGACCCACGUUUUCUGAAAAUCGUUUGAAACUGCCAAAACAAUAAAUAGAUCCUUUACGGUACAUGCCGAAUUUCGACCUUAUAUUAUUUGAUCAUCUCUACGAAAACUUCCUUAACCGCUUGUCUGUGGCUUAUUAUAAUUGAACUAGCUUCUGCCAGCAGUUACACCCGCAUCCCGUGGGAACUACUUCCCGUACCGGGAUAAAAGUAGCCUAUAGCCUUCCUCGAUAAAUGGGCUAUCUAACACUGAAAGAAAUUUUCAAAUCGGACCAGUAGUUCCUGAGAUUAGGGCGUUCAAACAAACAAACAAACUCUUCAGCUUUAUAAUAUUAGUAUAGAUAGAAAAAUCAAUUGUGUCUCGCGUAUACCGCGUUAUAGGGGUCAUACAUGUCAUUGGUUGAUAGUAGGCACAUGGUAUGUGACGUCACUCCUUUAAUGGAGGGUGUGACAAAGGGAAUAAAAACGAAUUGUUAAAUUACAAUGUUUUUGUAAUGAUGGACAUUCAAACGUAUUUUUGUGGUUAAAAUUUAAUUUUUCUUGCUAAAUAAUUAAAAGUAGUGAAAUUGAAGUGUAAUAUAAGGUUUUCUUAUUUUAUAAAUACAGUAUAUACCGAGAUUAUUUAUGUUAUAAAUAUGUAGUGGUGUUUUUGGACAUUUUUGUACUAUUUUUAUUAUUAUCGUAUUAUUUUGAUUCUUAUUUUUUACUUAAACAAAUUAGGUUGUGGAUUUAAUUAAAUGAUGGUAGUUUAUACUUCCAAAAGUACAUUUUUUUUUUAAUAUGUAUAGAAAAUUAAAAUGGUUGUGUUGUGUUCGAAGUUGGCUUUGACUAAUUGAAUGGUAAAGCAUUGUUUAUAUGGACGAACUGUCAUAUGACAAUGACAGUUAUUAGAAAUGAGACAUCGAAAAAAAAUCUUCCAGAUUUUAUAACAUUUUUAUGAAAAUAAAAUGCGUAAUUUGUCAACCCUAGGCGAUUUCGUAUCGAUCAAACUUUCCAGUCUCGUAUCAUCUUAUGCUAAGCUACUAAGGUUCUUAUUGUAAUAAGAUUAAAGACUAAAAUCGUAUGUAAAGUAAAGUCGCGGGCGAAUCCAGUCAUUAUACGUAAUAAUCUAUAAAUUGUUCGUGUAUAGGUUUUCACCUUUGAAAGUGUCCAUUUCUAGUAGUUUCUUCGUGGAAUUUUGUCUGUAGAUAUCCGGAUUUUAGGACGGAUCUUAAGAUCUGGAAAUCCGGAUGGAUGCUGGCUUAAAGAGUUGUGAAAAAUUUAUGAAUGGUUUUUCGACUUGUUGAGACUUCAAACCUUUUGUCUCAUGAUGAAGACCACAUUAUACCAUUUAAAUGUGUGUUGUAAGAAUAUCUUUAACAUCAGAUAAGUCAAGAGACGGAUCUAUUCACCCUGUAUAGCGUCCUCUCUUUCACACAUGAUUUAUUCUCGAUACCAAAAAAAUAUUCAAGUCGAAGAAAAGUAAAUACUGUACAGAUUUUGAUAUGUAUAAAAUUGUUCACAACUCAUUUAACACUAGUAAGUUUCACCGCUUCUGCGUCUGCAUUUAGCGCCGCGGUACCAAAAGUACCGCGGUACCAAUCUGUUAAAAAUAAGUACAUUAGUAUGUAUCAUGUAUGUUAAGAUAACGGUUAAAGCAAUGUGUGACAUUGUUCAUUAAAAAAAUAUGGCUCUAGUUCUACGGACACGAUGGUUUUGAACUUCUAGGGAGGGGGGCUAGUCGAGUACUCGUAUAUCGAUAAAUACCACACGAAAUUGUACUAUAAUAUACCAUUUGGGUAAGCGGUGUUCCACAUAAGGUCAACAUCCGUACACCAUUUUACUUCAAUACUUACACCAGAUUACCUGAAAAUUGACAUAACCUUGACUUUUACUUAUUUGAAGGUGUCCCAGGCCAUAAGUCAUAGGAUACUAAAAAGUAUCUUAACUGUGGGAUUACUACUUACCCAGAUGGUUUGACCCUACAUAGCGUAUUCGACUAGCCUUCAACAUAAAAUGGGUACAACAUUGUACUCAGAAUAUCUCUUCAUCGACAAUUCGUAGCACAUCUAUUUUAUAUUAGUCGCUGCUCAUUAUAUACAAUACUUAAUUACAUUUAAUAUUUUAUACUUUAAGUAUAUCUACGACUGUGGUCUGAUCGUUUCCUUAGAACUUCUGGUUUUCAUGUUGCUGUUUUAAUAUUGGGUGGUGAUGACAACCAUGGCUUUCUAAAAACUUAUACAUAAGAGGAUCGAGUGUGAUAAAAUAUAUAAUGAGUUCUAUAAAAAUAACUAGACAAGGCUACAACAACAAAUUAAAAACUCAUACAACUGUAAGAACAGACAAUAUUUUUUUAGUAUCGAUCAUAACAUUAUAAAACCACCAUAACAAAUAUAUCGAUAAAAUAAAUCAACAUCCCUAGUCUGAGUAUGCUGUGGUGUCAUUACCACCCAAUACUGAAAAGUAACAAUUCUUCUAUGUAUUUUUGUACUAAUCGUAAACGAAUACAAUGAUUGGCGAUAUCCACAAGCAUUCCAGUUUUUUUAUAUAUUCGUGGAAUUCAUUUGUCAUAUCUAUGAAUAUUAGUGGACAUUCAGUUUGUGCGAAAACCCCUAAGAACUUUUUUUGUGUAAAUUAGAACAAGUUUAUAACACUAAUCAGACUAGUCCAAGAACACUACAGUCUUUAGUUGGGUAAAGAAGAUAAAAAUCCUGUCGAAUUGAGAAAUUACUCCUUUUUUACCUAUGUCGAUUAAAUAUAGGAUUAUAUUUUUUUAGGUUAAAAUCACGAUUUGAGUAUAUUAUUUGAAAACGAUUGUUUGUUAUUUCAUCCUCCGAGCCUUUUCCCAAUCAUCUUGGGGUCGGCUUCCAGUCUAACCGGAUUCAGCUGAGUACCAGUGCUUUACAAGAAGCGACUGCCUAUCUGACCUCCUCAACCCAGUAACCCGGGCAACCCGAUACCCCUUGGUUAGACUGGUGUCAGACUUUCUGGCUUCUGACUAUCCGUAACGACUGCCAAGGAUGUUCAAUGACAGCCGGGACCUACAGUUUAACGUGCCAUCCGAAACACAGCCAAUGGUGUCUAAGAUAUACUUAGAAAGUACAUACAAACUUAGAAAAGUUGCAUUGGUACUUGCCUGACCUGGGAUCGAACCCGCGCCCUCGUACUUGAGGUUGGUCCUUUACCCACUAGGCCACCACGACCUCUCCCACGACCUCUCCACGAUUGUUUGUUAUUUAUCGAACGCAAACUGAGUGUCCACCCUUUAUGUACUAACUAAUGGAUUUAUGUUUAAAUGUGUGAAGAAUAUUACCAGAUAUAUGCGUUGUUAAGAAUCGAGUAGGAUUAGAAAAACGCACAAUUUUGAUUCUAUUGUUUUUGAUACUUUAAUAUUGAAGCGCGAAAAAUUUUGUUGAUAUAGUAAAUUCUUUUUGGAGAAUUUUGUCUGUCAGAGUAAGAACUUCAACUGUCACCCGCUAAGAAUUUUGUUUGUAUGUUUUUUUUUUCAUAUUACAUAUUAAUUAUAUGAUGUUAUAAUUUCAACCGCUUAUGUCUGGUAAAAUUUAAUGUUAGAGUAAAGUAAAAUUGUCGUAAGUAAAGCUGUGAUCAGAUUAGGAGGUUGUGAUGGGAUAAGAGUGGGUUUACAAGGAUUUUUUAAAUAAUAAAAAAAUAUGCUUUUUAUUUUUUAAGAUUAGUAACUUAGCGCAAGUACCGAAUUUUGCUUUAAUGUAAUAACGAACAAGUUUUUUAUUCCUGCCAGCUUGAAUCCUGUGUCGCGUGGCCGUCGGCAUGAAUUGUAUAUUUGUCAGAGAAAUGGCUCAGUACGUAGUUUGUACUGCGGUGACUGGCGGACGCACUCUCGCGACAAAUGCCUCAUUGCCUGUUCUUUCCAAUAACAUUUAGGAAUACCCCUGUAUUUCGAAAUUGGAUUAGAAUUUAUAUUCUGUGGUGUUCAUUAUAUCUGUGCGUCCCACCGCUGUCAUCUAUGAAAUUAAAGAAUGACAGCGUGUGACCGUUAAUUUUAUGAUUUAUUUUACUAUGUACGGUAGACCGCACGUCAGUGGUAACUGUCAUGCACCUUAACUCGAUAGUAAUAAGUACGAUUUUCCUAUAAAACUGUUACCACUGACCUGAAGUUGACUGUACCAAACUCAAAUCAUGACUAUAUUUUAUAGGCUCUAAACGUGUUUAUAUUUUUUUAGUUUUAUUUCUUAUGACUGAAUAAUUGUUUACGCAUUGUUUUUUCUUUUUUUUAUUUAUGGUGACUGGUUCUCAAUCCAAUUUCGAUGCGGCUGGGUUCCGAUUAACAAUAUUGAAUUUGUUAGAUUAUAUUGUAAAGUAAGGUUUCCAUCCUGUAAUAUUGUGUCAUAACUAUUUGUGGUGACGUAACUGAUAUAAAUUGAAACGAAAUGUA